AUAAAACUGAUCACAAUCAGAACACUCUGUACUGCUCUCAGCCAAUCAAAACACACUGUACUGUUCCAGCCUUUCAGAACAGAACAGAGUGUAUAAACAGUCAUGAUGGUGUUUAUGUGCAGUUUUGGUUCUAAAGUGUUGUUGAAUUCCACUGGAAUCAUCUUUAAUAUAUUAAUAUUAAAUAUUAUUAAUAUAUUGUAUAUAUACGAUAUAAUGUAUGACUUCAGUUCUCCAUACAUCACAAAUACAUUUGGAAUUCCUCCUUCUCCCAAUAACUUCAUUAAACCAGGUAACAGAUUUUAUCCCAUUAUUCAUAUUCAUGUCAGUGCCACAGAUUUUAUUGAUUAUUGAUUCUGGUCUUUGGUUUGAAGCUCAUGUAGAUAAUAUCACUCGGGUAGCCUUCUUCCAUCUUAGGAAUAUCGCUAAGAUAAGAAAUAUGUUGUCGCUUCAUGAUGCAGAAAAAUUAGUUCAUGCUUUUGUUACCUCUAGGUUGGAUUAUUGUAAUGUCUUACUGUCUGGAUGUUCCAGUAGGAGCAGGAACAAGCUCCAGUUAGUCCAGAAUGCAGCAGCUAGAGUCCUAACUAGAACCAGAAGAUAUGAACACAUCACUCCUAUUUUAUCCACACUACAUUGGCUCCCAGUCAGAUUUCACAUUGAUUAUAAAAUACUGUUACUGACGUUUAAAGCACUAAAUGGUCUCGCGCCGCAGUACCUGAGCGACCUUUUAGUCUUUUAUGAUCCGCCACGCCUACUCCGAUCAAAGGGUGCUGGUUACUUGGUAGUACCUCAAGUAGCAAAGGCUACAGCAGGGGGCGGAGCUUUCUCUUUCAAAGCCCCAAAGUUAUGGAACAGCCUUCCAAUUAGUGUUGGGGAUUCAGACACAGUCUCAAUGUUUAAGUCUAGGCUGAAGACACAUUUGUUUAGUCGAGCUUUUAAUGUAUAGUUUUCUUAUGUAAAGGAGCAGAUCUGAAGGUUCAUGGUCAUAGAGUGUUUGGUGACUGGGAUGUGUUGGAUGCUGUCAUCUUACCACUCUCACAUGGUCACUCAGGUCACUGACUGUGAAGUGGUUGGAUGCUUUAUGUCCCAGGAAGCCUUCAUGUCUGUGACCUUCUGGCUCUCCCUUUUAGUUAUGAUGUCAUAGCUAGUCUUGCCGGAGUCCCUGCCUGCACUUUACACAUAAUUCUACUUUAUCUUUAAGCAUCACAUGAUCAGAAACUUAAUAUCUUUCUCUUUCUCUCUCUACCUUCUCUGUGGAGCUAUACACCCCACUCCUGACCUCCCAGUGUUUGCCAGUUUCCAGUGUGACCACUGCCCUACCCCUGGUCGGAGUCUCGCCGCGUGAUGGUGCCCACUGAUGCUGUGGAUGGAUCUGUGUGGACCAGGAGACAGCCAUGGACAGAGCCACUUGGGGACUUUCACACCAUCACAGAUCUGCCAUUUCAUCUGUCAGCUUGUGACAGCAAAGAACUAGUGUUUAUAAUGACCUUAGAAACUACACUAGCCUAAUAGUUCCUCAUGGGUCAUUGAUUGCUGUUGUAGAAAGGACAUUAAUCAGUUACAGUUACAUUAUUUACUGUUUAGUGUCACCCAAAUGAGGAUGGGUUCCCUUCUGAGCCUGGUUCCUCUCAAGGUUUCUUCCUUUCCAUCCCAGGGAGUUUUUCCUUGCCACCGUCACCACAGGCUUCUCAUUAGGGAUAAAAUAGUCUAAUUAUAGAAUUUAAUAAUUUAUUCUUAUUUCUAGUUAAUUAGUUAUUUUUUAUUUUUUAUUAUUAUUUUUCAUUUUCCCCUUUCUCUGUUUUCUUCUUUUGUAAAGCUGCUUUGAAACAAUGUUCAUUGUAAAAGGUGCUAUACAAAAUAAACUGAAUUGAAUUGAAUUGAAAUAUGCAGAUAAACUGUAAUAAUGUGUAUGUAUAUUUAGAUUACAUUAUCCUCUGCUCAGGUUCUUACAUGUAGUUCUUUCUCUGCUGCAAUGUUGUGAUGAUAUUGUAAUACUUUAUCAGUAAAAGUUUUGUAAAUGAUUGUAAUAUGAAACAGGGAGAGUGUAACAUGUCCACUGUGUGUGCAGGUAAAAGGCCGCUCUCAGCCAUGUGCCCAACCAUCAUCUCUGACAAAUACAACAAAGUUAAAAUGGUGGUUGGAGCUUCAGGUGGGCCGAGGAUCAUCACGGCAACGGCUCUGGUGAUCCUGAACUCUCUGUUUUUUAACUAUGAUCUGAAGAAAGCUGUAGAAGAACCCAGGUUCCACAACCAGCUGAACCCCAACUACACUCUGUUGGAGCAGGACUUUGAGAAGAGUCUUGCAGAUGGACUGGAGCAGAGGAGUCAUGUGAUAGAGGAGUGGAAGAGUUCCCUUGCAGUGGUCGAGGCCGUGAUGAGGCAGGAUGAUAAGAUCUGCGCUGAAUCAGACCCUCGGAACGGAGGACAUCCCACUGGCUACUGAAACUCACUUUAACUAUCAGCUUUUAUCUGAAUGAAUAAAACUCAUUACACAGUUUUUAAACCUC